AGCAGUAUUUUGGGUUUUUGAAGAAAACUAGAAGAAAAGCAAGACAAAACCCUUUCUACCUGUCCCUGUGCUCGACAAGCAUCACGCCUCCGCCGUGCACGGUGUCUCCCGUCGACGACCUACAACAUUUGCAAAGAGCGGGGCUCUACUCUAUCCGACAGAAGUUACCUAUUGUCAUAUACAGGCAAAUUGAUGGCGGAAGAAGCAGUACUGGGAUUUCUGGAAAAGAACGAACAGAUAAUAGACUCAGGCGUGUUCGCUGAGGAACAAGGAAUCAGUCAUGACGAGAUUGUCAACGUCAUUAAGAGUCUCAAUGGUUUUCGAUUCGUCGAAGCUCAGGAUAUCAAGAAGGAGAGAUGGCAACUUACUGAUGAAGGCAAAACUUAUGCUGCUAAUGGAUCUCCAGAAUUCCAACUUUUCAUGGCAAUUCCACCUGAGGGUAUCUCAAUAGUAGAACUUAAGAAGAAGUUGGGAGACUCAAUUUUUGCAAUAGGUAGCAGGCAAGCAAAUAGAAAUAAAUGGCUUGAAAUGGGAAAGUCACAAGUCUCUAGAAAGGUUGAACAUGUUGAUGAUAAUGUGAAGGCUAUGCUUGUAAAGAUAAAGGAUGGAGAGACUCUCAACAAAGAGGAUAUUACUGCUCUGAAGGGAAGAAAACUAAUUUCUCCACAGAUAUGGAAAGGCUACUCAGUCAAAAAAGGUCCAAAUUAUGCCCCCAAAAGAAGGAAACCAGCCACUGAUUUAACCCGAGAAAAUCUGCAAAAGGGUGAUUGGAAGGAAAUGCAGUUUAAAGAAUAUAAUUUCAGUGCAAAAGGUUUGCCAGUUGAAGGUGGUUGUCUCCAUCCACUGCUCAAGGUUCGGCAGCAAAUGCAGAUGAUUUUCCUUCAAAUGGGAUUUGAGGAAAUGCCAACAAACAAUUUUGUUGAAAGCAGCUUCUGGAAUUUUGAUGCACUUUUCCAACCUCAACAACACCCUGCACGUGAUUCACAUGACACUUUCUUUUUACGAGAACCUUCAACGACAAAGACUCUUCCGGAAGAUUAUGUUGAGAGGGUGAAGCAGAUUCAUGAAUCUGGAGGUCAUGGAUCAAGAGGAUAUGGAUAUGAUUGGAAAAGGGAAGAAGCAAAUAAAAACUUAUUAAGAACUCACACAACUGCAGUCUCAUCAAGGAUGUUGUAUGCACUUGCACAGAAACCUUUUGAGGCAAAAAAGUACUAUUCUGUUGAUCGGGUUUUCAGAAAUGAAGCUGUUGACAGGACACAUCUUGCAGAGUUUCAUCAAAUAGAAGGGCUAAUUUGUGAUAGAGGGCUUACUCUUGGGGAUUUGCAGGGUGUGCUGUAUGACUUUUUCUCCCGUUUGGGAAUGUCCAAGUUGCGUUUCAAACCUGCAUACAAUCCAUACACUGAACCCAGCAUGGAAAUAUUUGGUUAUCAUGAAGGAUUCAAGAAAUGGGUUGAAAUUGGAAAUUCUGGGAUGUUUAGACCUGAAAUGUUGCUUCCUAUGGGAUUUCCUGAGGAUGUUAGAGUUAUUGCUUGGGGUCUUUCUUUAGAAAGGCCAACUAUGAUACUUUAUGGAAUUGAUAACAUUAGAGAUCUCUUUGGGCACAAGGUGGACCUUGGUCUGAUUAAGAGCAACCCAAUAUGCCGGAUUGGUCUGAAUUAAGAGUUCUAUAUACUACUAAUUUAUGUACACGAUACCCAUGUUUAUGAUUGUUUUGGUUGUUUGCUUGUUGCUUUGAUUUUGUUGAAGACGUUGAAUGGUCAAAUUUACUAUACUAGUUUUUUUA